UAAUACUAAAAAAAAUAUUAUUUAAAACUUGGUUCAAAAAAAUAUUGUAUUUGUUCAGUGCAGUGCCCUCAAUAUGGAUUCCCAGCAGUUUCGCGAGUUUGGGAAAGCGGCUAUAGAUCUGCUCGCUGAUUACAUGGACAAUAUACGGGAUAAGGAUGUCCUACCAUCAGUGGAGCCGGGAUACCUGAUGAAAAUGUUGCCUGAAAAUGCACCUGAAGAGCCCGAGUCUUGGAAGGAUGUGCUUCAGGACUUCAACCAAGCUAUUAUGCCUGGGGUGACACACUGGCACUCGCCGCGCUUCCACGCGUUCUACCCGACCGGCCAGUCCUUCGAGAGUAUCGUGGGCAACAUGCUCAGCGACGGACUCGGGGUCAUCGGGUUCAGCUGGAUAUCGAGUCCGGCGUGCACGGAGCUGGAGGUGGUGAGCAUGAACUGGCUCGGGAAGCUGCUGGGGCUGCCCGAGGAGUUCCUCAACUGCUCCGACGGACCGGGCGGAGGCGUCAUCCAGGGAUCCGCCAGUGAAGCGACUCAAGUAGGGCUUCUAGUUGCUAAAGACAAGACGAUUCGAAGACUGCUAGAGGCAGACCCCACGCUGUCGGAGGGCGAGGUGGCCGCGCGCCUCGUCGCAUACACCUCCGACCAGUGCAACUCCUCGGUGGAGAAGGCCGGCUUACUCGGGAACAUGAAAAUGAGACUACUCAAAGCAGACAGCAACGGAAGGUUGCGCGGAGAAACCGUCAAACAAGCUUUCGAUGAAGAUAUCGCCCAAGGCCUGAUCCCAUGCUACAUGGUCGCCAACCUGGGUACCACUGGAACCUGCGCCUUCGACCCGUUGUAUGAAAUAGGACCAGUCUGCAAUGAAGCUAACGUGUGGCUGCAUGUCGACGCUGCGUACGCAGGAGCUGCCUUCAUUUGCCCGGAAUACAGACACCUGAUGAAAGGAGUAGAAUAUGCAGACUCCUUUGAUUUCAACCCUCAUAAAUGGUUACUUGUUAACUUCGACUGCUCCGCAAUGUGGGUGAAGAGGGGAUACGAGCUUGUCAAUGCCUUCAAUGUGCAGAGGAUUUAUUUAACAGACACCGAUACAAAUGUGAAGGUUCCUGACUACAGACACUGGCAGAUGCCGCUCGGUCGCAGGUUCCGGGCCCUCAAGUUGUGGACGGUGAUGAGGCUGUAUGGGGCUGAGGGUUUGAGGAAUCACAUCAGAAACCACAUUAGUCUCGCACUGCAUUUUGCCAACUUGGUGAGGUCUGAUGACCGCUUCCUGGUGGAGCCAGAGCCGUCCAUGGGCCUGGUCUGCUUCCGGCUGAGGGACGGAGACUCAACCACGAAGCUUCUACUCGAUAAUCUAACAGCUAAGAAGAAUCUGUUCAUGGUGGCGGCCACCUACCGCGGUCGCUACAUCAUCCGGUUUGUUGUGUGUUCACGACUGACUACGAAGGAAGAUGUUGAAUACAGUUGGAUGAAAAUAAAAGAGGAAGCCGAUCUCAUCAGCUCGAAUAAAGUAACGCUUAAGUCUCAAAUACCUGCUAUUAAUCACAUACCAGUUUUAAGCUCGUGCGAAAAAUCAAAGUAAGUUACAGUUGAAAACAAAAGUAAAAGCGAUGCUAGAAGUCGGUACCUUUUACAGCGAAAAAGUGUUUGUGUAGUUGAAUUCAUAAAUAUAAUGUAGGUAGGUUUAAUUUAUGUGUAAGUAGGUAUAAUCUGAUAUAGUUAAAGCUGUGCUGAAAGUUGGAUAAAUGAAUAAUAAGAUACCUAGAUAAUAAAUUGUGUAGUAACUAUACCUAAUGGUAAAUAUUAAUAAACUAAAUUUUU